AAAAAAAUCAGAUGACAGAUAGAAAUAGAAAGAAGUCAAACGUUUUUGGCUAAGUAAAUACAAUACAAUUUCGGUAAAAUUAUUUAAAAAAAUGCGUAAAUAAGUAUAAAUUCAGCAAGUAAACGUAACAAACAAAAUGCAUCGAUAAAAGAAUUUGCUAUACUAAAGUGACUGUGUUAAAAAUAUGUUUUUCUACAUCAAAUCAUAAAGAAAUUACUAAACCAAAUGGUUCGUGAAAUUAUAAUUGAACUGUGUCGAUAAUUUUUAUUACACAUGUGUACUAUUGGUAAUCUGUUUACUCUCUGCGAGACAAGAUGCGCCGGUUUUGUUGAAAUCGUUGUGGAUGGAAGACAAAAUAAUGUUCAUCAGUAAGGAAUUACACACGUUUGUGAAUAAAAUACUCAAUCUCAUUAGAAGCGGACAUCAAAACGCCAGGACAAGACAAAUUUGACUUAGUGACAAUGACUCUAGGGUUCAGAAUGAAGAUGAAAGCAAAAAGCACAAGACAUUGGCUGGCUGCGUGUUUUGUAAUCGGACUAAUAUUAUACUUCUGGUGGCUAAUAUCAAAAAUAACAUUGUUAGAAUCACAGAAUAAAGUUUUCAAGACACAGUUGAAAUAUUCACAGUACAAUACUUUGGUGAAAAAGAUAUCUGUUGACUCCGUGACUACUUACGAAGUUCCUGUGAUUCCAGAUGCAGUCGGCACUCUAUGUGAAACUGUGCACAUAGCGCUUGUAUGUAUGGGCAAGUGUUCCAGGCAAAUAACUCCAAUGAUCAAGUCCUUGAUGCACCACAGGCAGAACCCCAUACACUUUCAUUUUGUCGUCGAUACUAAUUCACAUAGAACCAUUAACAUGCUGUUUGAUACUUGGGACUUGCCUGACGUGAAAUACUCAUGCUAUAACGCCGAAGGCUAUCUGUCACAAGUUCAAUGGAUUAGAAACAGCCACUACUCUGGCAUAUACGCCCUUGUGAAGCUAUUGUUCCCAGACAUCCUACCUGACUCCAUCAGUCAAGCGAUUGUACUGGACUCUGAUCUGACUUUCCUUUGUGACGUCGCUGAGCUAUGGGCGAUGUUCAGAAAUAUGACUGAUGACCAGUUCAUAGGCCUAGUGGAGAAUGAAAGCAAUUGGUAUUACACGAACAAACCAAACCGCUGGCCGGCACUUGGCCGAGGAUAUAAUACAGGAGUAAUGUUGCUAGAUUUAAAAAAAAUCCGGACUACCACGGACUGGACGAGGCUAUGGCGGGAUGCCGUCAACGAAAACAUAAAAAGACUGAACUACACAACUUUGGCUGACCAAGAUGUUAUCAACGCCAUUAUUAAAAAUCAACCUCGGUUUGUCUAUGACAUGAGCUGUCUUUACAAUGUACAAAUGUCUACUACGACUCUAGCGAAAAAUUGUUACAGGGAAAAUAAGGAUAAUAUUAAGAUAAUACAUUGGAACUCUCCUCAGAAGUACGGCAUCAAAAUCCGUGAUGCUAAUUUCUUCCGUGACAUACAUCAAUCGUACGUCAACUUUGAUGGCUACCUUCUAAGGGAGAAGCUCCACCGGUGCACCUUUAUACAACAUGUUACUGUCAAGAUGAACAACUCAGACUUAUGCAGUAGUUUCCGUGCAGCCCAACAAUUAAAACUCCGCACACAUCUUUACUUCAUGGAUUAUAGCUACAAAAACAGUGACAGUUUCGACGUGACAUUAGCUCUACAACUGUCUAUGGAUCGACUACUGUUCCUUGAGAGACUUGUCAAUUACUGGGAAGGUCCAUUGAGUGUAGCCAUAUACUUAGCCGACUGUGACGUAGGAAAGUUGUUGAACUUCAUCGAAAAUUGGUCCGAUACUCUACGAGACAGGAAGAAUAUUGGAUACCAUUUAGUGUUCAAACAUGAUCAAGUACACUACCCAGUAAACUAUCUCCGUAACGUAGCCCUAGCUAACGUGAACACGCCGUACGUAUUCCUAAUGGACGUGGACUUCGUGCCCAUGGUGGACCUUUACCCCCAUCUCAAAGCCGCCAUCAAACUCAUAAACCCUUAUCCCCAGAAGAAGUGCCUGGUAGUGGCGGCGUUCGAGACGCAGCGCUACCGUAGUUCGGUCCCGCGCAGCAAGGCGGCGCUGCUGUCGCGGCUGGCGUCCCGCGAGCUGGCCCCCUUCCGGGCGCACGAGUGGCCUCGCGGACAUCGCGCCACCAACUACACGCGGUGGACCACUGCCAACGCCCCCUACGAGGUUGAAUGGCAGUCAGACUACGAGCCGUAUUUAGUUGUGCACAGAUCUGUGCCCAAGUACGAUACGAGGUUCUCAGGCUUCGGCUGGAAUAAGGUGUCUCACAGCGUGGAGCUCCGCGCGCAGGGUUACCGCGCGGUGGUGCUGCCGGGGGCCUUCGUCGUCCACACUCCGCACGCACCCUCACAGGACAUCACCGCCUUCCGGGCCGACCCACAUUACCGCAUCUGCCUUGCCUUAUUGAAACAAGAAUUCAUGGAGGAUCUCAAGAGUAAAUACAACGUGACGUUCAAAGAGCCUUCGAAUUCAGACCCCAUGUAUCUAGCACAAGCUAAAAGUUUAUUAUUAAAUCAAGCAGGAGAACAGGAUUUAAAUUAAUUGGGUAUACCGGUCUACUCAACAGAUGGCGCUAAUGUAGCAACAGGUAAUAAUGUCUGCUAAUCAAAUAGUUGGUUGGGAAAAAUACCUUUCGCUUAUACCCCUGGUGAUUAACUCAAUCGCCAUAGCCCUCAAUAUUUUGUAACUAUGGUUGUUUUAAUUAAUCUAAUUGAUCCGUGUUAUGAUUUACGAAUGAACUUCACCAAUAUAGGAAUUUCUUAUGUCCAGUUAGCCAUUUUUCCUGUCACAACAAAUUCUAUAAUUUUUUUCACUUUGUAGAUGGCGCUGUUGUAGCUUAUAGUCCUCUUCGUUUAAUCGUUACUGUCUAAUGACUAUGACGUUAAAGGACUUAGCUAUACCAUACCCAAAGAUUUUGGGAAUAUUAUGAAAUUAUGUACGAAUUAGUUAUUCUUAAAAGCAGAAUCUAUAUACAAGAAGUCAUAUAUAUUGAAACAAAACAGUUUUGUUACUUGCAAAACCAAAGAAAAGACCUCUUCACUUUUUUCAACAUUUUGUCACAGUUCUAUUUUUAAAGACCAGGUCCGGAAGAUAUACUCCGGAUCAAACAAUACUUGGUCACAGUCAGUUAUUUUGCUACUAGAAGAUUAUAACUAUGAACAAAAUGUUGAUAUCGCGACCUGAUGGUCCUACUAUGGUGAUUUGAAAUAUAACUCUAACCCGCUUUUUACAAAACAAAAUUUAUGUUUAGACUACAUUUAAACAUAAACUAAAAAUUCAUUAAUUAUUUUGAAUCUUAUUCUCACCUACCUUCGAUUCGAAAUACAAAAGCUGGCUCAGUGAUUAAGUAUGACACAAGUAUUACGCCGUAUUUCACCACUCAUACCCAAUUAAGGCGAAUGUUUGGUCCAAAAAAAAACGAAAACAUAACCCCAAACGUACCACAUCGUUAGUAUACAAGGUAAUCUCGUAUAUUUUUUUUUAUAGAAUUUUAUACACUUAUCACACAAAAAUGGAAUUUAUUAUAAGCAAAUAAUUUUAUUAGCCCUAAGAGAAAAUGUUGUUUUCUUUUUCAAUGUGACUUGAAAACUUAAUUUUAAAUGAAUGAGUCGAUCAACAGUGGAAAACAUUCCUUCAUUUUUUUUUCAGAUCAAGAGAAUCUCUCUCCCCUUUUUCUGUUCCCUAUUCAAAUUUAUUUUAAAGAAAAUGUCUGUACAGAGUUUGUGAAACCGGCUAUGUAUAGGUAGUUUCCCAUAUCAGAAAUAAAUUAUUUUAACUAUUCAAUACAAUGAAAUAAUCGUACUUUCAUUCAUCUAUUUGACAAUAUACUCAAUUUGCGAUCUCAUACAAAAUUCAUAAAAAAAAUAUUGUUUUUGACAUUUCAAUAAAAGUAUUGAAUUUGACUAGUUGGAAACUACCGGUAGGAAAUAAAAGAAACUACAAGAAAGUACACGAUAAAAAUAUAUUUAACGUAAAAGGUUGUAAUAAGUAGUAAGGAACAAUCAUGUUAUGAAUUUUUUUAUAUGCAAGUUAAGGUUUUUUUUAUUAUUAUUAUUUAAGCCGCAUUUUGUGAUAUCAUUUUCUUUCUAUUGUGUAUUUAAAUAUCUUUGUAAGUUUUUUUUUCUGGAAUUCAAUGUUUGUAAUAAAAAUAACAAGACACAUCAAAAUUUUGCCAAAAAAUAAAAUUAAAUAUAAAGACGCAGUCGCCUCAAUUUUUGCGAUAUAACAUAGCUAUUUUCUAUUUUGUAAACAAAUCAAUUUGUCAUGAAUUUCCUAUUCAAUGUAAGGUAAGUAAGCGUCAAAAUUCCAUGAAUAGUGUGAAAAUUGUGAAGCGCCAUCGCCGCUAGUUUUUGUUUAAAUUCAAUUAGGGUUGAUUUUUCAAUAAUCAGAUAAAUGUUAUCGAAGGAAUAAAAUUGUUGCUGUCACUGUCUUAUACAAACAUUCUGACGCAACAGCAUCAUAAUUAUUUCCCAGGUAACUGUUAUGUACCUAACCAUUGAAAAAUCAGCGCUAAAAUGCCUUAAACUUAAGAUCAUUAUCGCCCAAAGGAAUAUAGGCUCUAAGGUACCCAGGCAUCGAUGUAAUUGACCUUAAAUGUAACCUUCAGUUCGCCAUACAAAUUCACUUUUUUACGAAACUUUUUGUAACUACUAUGGACUAAAUAUUUUUUUAUAUAACUGCACUGUUAAGAAAAAUAUUAAGGUUGUAAAUAGAUGAUCUAUUCAAAUAGUUAAUGUUACAUUAUUUCUCAGAUAUUUAAUUUACAAUGUAAAAGAUUCCCUUAUCUUUAAAUACACAAUGAUCCACACUCUUUAAACACUAUUUUAUUGUGAUAAUUAUUAUGACAUUAACGUAUUAUUCUUAUGAACAUUCCAAAUCAUAUAUAAUUCUUUUUAAUUGUAUACAAUCAUGUCAAUUUUGUGAGGCAACUCUUGUGAGACAUUUUAAAUUAUUUAUUAUGUUUAACAGUACUGUUUGACGAGGAACUCGAUUCCCAUCAAGCCACCGUCUCACCAGUCUCGACAGACUUCGUGCAUUCUAUGAGCCCCCAGUGCAGCUUGAAAGUAGUCGAGUUGCCCGUCAAAUAUUUACAUAAGUUAGACAUCUCAACUUACGUAGCUAAAUCAAUUAUUCGUGUAAUAAAGUAAUUUAAUCGUAUUUGUAAUAUUUAAGCAUAAUAAGUUACCUAUUUUUCUAUACUGUCACCAAAGAAUGUAUUAUUUUUGAGUAUUUU